AUGCGUCUCGCUUUUCUGGUCGUCGCUGUGACGCUCCUUCUGGCGCAGGUGGUGCUCGCUGCGGAGGAUUUCUACAAGUCAUUGGGGCUGGACCGGUCCGCUUCGGAGAAGGACAUCAAGAAGGCGUAUCGCACGCUGAGCAAGAAGUAUCAUCCGGAUAAGAACCCAGGCAACGAAGCCGCCGAACAGAAAUUCGUCGAAAUCGCCGAAGCCUACGACGUCCUAUCGACCCCCACGACGCGCAAAAUCUACGACCAGUACGGCCACGACGGCAUCGAGCAACACCGCCAAGGCGGCUCAGCCGGCGGAGCCACCCACGACCCCUUCGACAUCUUCUCGCGCUUCUUCGGCGGCGGCGGCCACUUCGGCCAUGCGGCGGGACACCGACGCGGGCCGGACAUGGAGCUGCGCGUGGGGCUGCCGCUGCGGGACUUCUACCGCGGGCGGGAGGUAGUCUUUGGGGUGGAGAAGCAGCAGAUCUGCGACACGUGCGAGGGGAGCGGCUCGGCGGACGGGGAAGUCCACCGGUGUGAGCGCUGCGGCGGCCACGGCAUGGUCAUCCAGAAGCAUAUGCUCGCGCCGGGCAUGUUCCAGCAGGUGCAGAUGGCGUGCGACGCGUGCGGAGGCAAGGGCCAGCGCAUCGUGAAGCCUUGCCCUAUCUGCAGCGGACAGAAGGUCGUGCGCCGGGAGGUGGAAACAACCGCGACGGUGGAGCCGGGCAUGGACCGCGGCACGCGACUCGUCUUCGAAAACGAGGCUGACGAAAGCCCAGACUGGAUCGCAGGAGAUCUGGUCCUCAUCCUCGAAGAGAAGCCCGCGGAACUAUCCGACGCAAGCCGCCCGGACGACCAGCGCACAGACGGGACAUUCUUCCGCCGCCGCGGCCGCGACCUCUUCUGGAAGGAGGCGCUAUCGCUGCGCGAAGCCUGGAUGGGCGGGUGGACGCGCAACGUCACACACCUCGACGGGCACGUCGUGCAGCUGAGCCGGCCGCGUGGUGCCGUCGUGCAGCCGCUGGCUGUCGAGACCGUCAAGGGCGAGGGCAUGCCGUUCUGGUCUGCGGCGGACCUGCACGAGGGCGUCGACGAGGACGAGUCACCCGGGAAUCUGUACGUCGAGUACACUGUUAUCCUACCUGAUGAGAUGGAGUCCGGGAUGGAGAAGGAGUUCUUUGCGCUUUGGGAGAAGUGGAGGAAGAAGCAUGGGGUGGAUUUGGGGAGGGAUAGUGGGCGGCCGGUGGGUGAUGCUCCUGUGCAUGAUGCUAAGGAUGAGUUGUAA